AUGAAACCACAGUCCGCCAUGACAACCACACUCAAGAGAGGAGUUACCAUCAACCCAGCUGUCCAAGCUGUAGAGAUCUUGAGCAUUUAUGAUUAUACCCCCAGCGAGAUCUCAGCUACGUGGUAUGAUGAAGACGACAGGCAAAAAAUCACCCAACACUGCUUUAAAGUACUGCAAAAAAUGGAAAAAUGUGGAGGGACCAAGAACGGCCAAAAGUAUUGCACUCGAGGUCUUGAAGCACAUACAACGCUGGGGUCCAUUAUUAAAAAGAAAACAAGAACAGCUGCGUUCGCAGCAGUACUGAAUGAGCAAGCAAGGCAAUGGAACGAGAACGAACAAGUCGAUGAUCGAGCCAUUUCAGAAGCAUACAGAGAAACUAGCUCCAGCAGCCAAAUGUGGGCUCAAGCUAUUGGUAACCAAGACCGAAAAGACGCAGAUGCUUAUCUCUACGCCGAUGAAGAGGAGAUCGAAAAUGUCGAUUCGACUACUACAGGAGCAGUUUCAAUGAUCAAGUCUGCAGAGGAGUCUGUUUUGAAAAGCCCUUUCAGCCAAAAACGAACACUGAAUGUGAACAGCGCAGCUGUUAUCAUGGUCCAUCGAGGUGCAAGGGCGGCAUGA